AUGGAGACCCACCACCGUUUUGUCCUCUUGAAGCAAAUCGACGACAUCGUCAAGGAUAUCAACCCGAGAGAUAUCGCCAGUUCGCUGGCCAACGACCAACAACGUGAAAAACGGGUUCUUCCAAUCCUUUUGCUGAAGGACGUUGCCCGGCAACCGUCUCCCGGGAAGCAAGCGUAUCGUUUGAUUGAGCUGCUGGUUUCGUGCGGGCCGAGGGCGUUUGACGCGCUGUGCGAAGCGCUGGAAACUCAUCGACACGAUAAAUUACUUCAAACGAUCCGUCGGGCAGAGAAGGACACCAGAGUCGCAGAUCCUGCAGUCCUGCAGCAACUCCGAAAAGUGACGUCCAAGUUCCCAACUCCUGAGUCUUACGUCGAUGUUUGCCGAAACAGUGCCGAAGCUUUCACUAGCGACGUUUGGGUGGAGCAUCUACUCCCGCUACUCAAGCCUCCCAUCGACCCUACAGAUUCUAUACGACAGCGCGUACUCGACGGCCCUACGCGCCAAGAUAAGGCCGAGGUGCUCUUUGAUUGGCUGAUUCGAAAAGUUGACAAGCAUGGUCACCGGUCAUUCUUCGCGCUCCUAGACGCCGUGAAAUGCACCUACCCCCAUGUAGCAGAGGAGAUCUGGAACCACCUACAAACGAUCGCAGUCACCAAGGAGCCUUCACAAAUGGCAUCAAAAGCAGCCGGUGGGAAGAGCACUAGGCUGACGAACGGAGCAAAAGGGCGAAUAACCAACAAGGGAAAACCCGGGGAUUCCUUGUCUAACGAUAAGCUGUUUAGUGGAGACGAUUCCAAAGGUUCUCUUGAAGGAGACAUGGACUACCAUUCCCAGCUUGACCACGCAGUUGGGGUGAUCGGCGAAGCAAAUGCAAAGAUCAGGAGGACAGAAGAUCGCGUGGCAGCCUUGGAAAAUGAGAGGACCGAUUUGGAAAACAAACUGCGAAUUGCUCUCAGGGAAUCGUACAGUCUCAGAACAGAACUGGAAAAUCUCAAAAAAGAAAAGCAAGAGAAGAACUUAAAGGAGGCCGAGCUGAGAAGGUCGCGAGAACGUAAGCUAAAGGAACUCCAGGAAGAGCUGGAGACCAAAGAGUCUAUGAUGGCGAGCAGGGAGAUCGAGCUGAGGAGAAGAGAGCUGGAACUUGACCAGAGGGUGAGUAAAGUCAGGAGGCAGCAGGCCGACGUGGAGAGACAGUUUCUAGAUGUCCUGGACAAGGAUAAGUCGUUUGAAGGGAGAGUUCGCGCACAGGGAAAAAAGGAUGAGGAGUUGAAACGUCGCGAUCGAGCUCUGACCGUCCGUGAAUCUGUCAUUGCAGAUAAAGAAGAUCUUUUGACGAGAAAUCUCGAAGAACUCAAGAAUAAGGAAACUAACGUUGUAAAGGCCAUGAAUGAGCUGGAGAAGAAGCGAGAAAAUCUGAACGGUGUCAAGAGAAAGAACGAAGAAGUGGCCAUAAAGCUUGCAGAGAAAAAGAAUGAGAUCGAUGUCAAAGAAAAGGAAGUAGGCAUUACCCUGAUGGCUCUAAGGAAGGAUGAGGCAGAGCUGUUGAGGAAGGAAGAACAGUUGGAGGACAUGGAGGAAGAGAUUGCACAGAGACAGGUAGAACUUGACGAGAAAGAACGGGGACUGAGUCAAAGAAGUCGCGAGACGGGUGAAUUCGAGAGAGAAAAGAAACAGUUCUAUUCUGACAAGAAAAAAUGGAACACUGAAGCUGCAAAGAUUAGGAAUGAUCUUGAAAGGGAGCGGAAAAGUCUGAGAGAACGUGACAUGGAUCUCAAAACAAAAGAGCGUGAAUUGCAAAUCAAAGACAAGGAAAGGCAUGCAGUGAAGGAUGCUCUUGACAAGCAUUUGCAAGAUCAAAACAAGAUUGAGCGCUCUAUAAAAGCUAUAGAGAUGGAACAGCGUCGAAUCGAACUGGCACAAAGCUUGCGCGAGACUGAAAUGGAACAAAAGCAAAAACGAGAGAAAAUGAUCUCUUCGAUUACGUCUAAGGAAGAUGAACUUUUGGCAAAAAUCAGCGACCUGCACAGGAAAGAACAACACAUAAGAGAACGAGAGGAACAAUUGAAGGAAGACGAAGAACGUGCAUUUCAACUUAGGUUUCAGGGCGAUAAUCAGCUAAGAGACAGCGGUGAUCAUGAGAUGGUUUUAGAAGAUGUCUCAGAGAUGCAUACACCGUCGGUGAGAGGAAGGCAUUAUACACAAUCUAUAGAUCACGGCUCGAGCCCAGAAAGUGGUUUCUCCGAAAGUCAUGCAGCAGAGUACCGAAUACUCCAAAAAGGUGUCACCGGCAGUCAGCAUCGUAACCAGAUCUUCAACAUCAAAACAGGUAACGUCAAAAAUAUUGGUGAAAUGAAAAACAUCAUCUACAGAAGAGAGGGAAUACCUAUUGACUGGCAACAAUUUUAUUUCAACGGUAAACGCUUGCCAGAUACGUCAAUGCUCCCAGCACCCGAAACCCUGGCAAGUGGAGUCAUGGAUUUACGAUUAGCUAUUCCAAAUGGAACAAUAACUCUCGCCAUCAGAAUGAACAGCACCGUCGUGAGGAAAAUUGAGUUCAAGGAAGACGAGACCAUAGCAGCUGCAAAAACGCGAAUUUAUAAGUCAGAAGGCAUCCCUCCACACCAGCAGACUCUCUACUACGGCGACUUAGAGCUGCAGAAUAAAUACCGUCUCAGCGAAUACGUUAUCAAUCCGAAAAACGAAAUCUUGGAACUCUUGCUGAGGUUACGUUACAAUGUAGUCGUGGCCCUCUUUCACAAUCGUCUUAUUGGCCUUACCGUGGAAGACCUUGAUACGGUUGCUUCGGUGAAAGGUCGGAUCUGGAAAGAAACCCGUAUCCAUGUUAACUAUCAAGUCUUGACUUACGGAUCAACAACCAUGGCUGACCAGCGAACCAUUGGUUAUUAUCGAGUCACCGAAGGCUCGAGAAUCUUUGUUUCCUUCGUCCUGCCUAUCGUAGUCGAGCCAACCAAAGAGACCUUUACUCUUUCCCUCGACCCUCUUGCCUACUGCAUAAAGAUCAAGGAACAGAUUUGCAAGUUCCGUAGUUUCCAGGUCCACCUUCAAAAGCUUGUGCAUCAAGUGCUGGAUGGGAAAGACGGUUCGUUUUGGCGACUCCUGAACGACAACAAGCCCAUUAUAGACGAGCUCACUCUUGGUGAACCAGUCCAUCUCUACCAUGGAACCAUCUUGAUCCUGGACGGAGACAGGAAUGUGUUGGUGUAUGACGUCGAGCUCUGGCAUUCUGUCAAGGUUGUCAAGGACAUAAUCCGCAAAAAGAUGGAAAAGAAGAAUAAACAUAUUCACACGAGGCACAUACAUCUGAUGCACGGAGACCAGGAGCUUAAAACAGUUACCAGGGCCAUCAAGUCAUUCGGGGUCAAAAGAUCUGAUGUCCUUGUUGUGAGAACAGACCCGACAACCUUUCACCUUCAAAAUGUCUCUGCAUUUCAAAAAUGAUUGUCUUUCAAUGUUGGACAUUAUUUUUAGCUUUUGCAGUGCUUAACCGGGCUAUAAUAAGAUAAGAUUUAAAAAAUCUUGGCAUUCAUCUUGAUGUAAGCUUUAGCAAUUCCAAUGAUAGAAAUGGGCGCGUCGUGGUCUAGUGGUUCUGACUCUCGCCUUUCAAACAGAGGGUCGUGGGUUCGAAUCCUAGCCGUGGCGUGUUUUCCUUCAGCAAGAAAUUAAUCCACACUGUGCUGCACUCAACCCAGGUGAGGUAAAUGGGAACCGGCAGGAAAUAAUUCCUCAAAAAGCUGUGUGCACUUGAAUCGAUAGCCUAGCUUAGUCGGGUAAUAAUAGCAGGGCCCGCUGGGAGAAGAGUUUUCGGAGCUGAAGUGGCUACCCUGGGUAAUUAUACCCUUAUCAUUAUUAUUAUUAUUAUUAUUAUUAACUAUCUAAAUAAAAGAUACUUCAGGAUACUAUUGAAAGAAAGGUCUUUUAUACAGAACAUAAUUAUACUGAACCCGCCAUUUGAAGAAAUAAUCGCCAAAUUGAGGAUCGCCAGAAAAAUAACGAGGCUUUUUAAAUUUGCAUUACUAUUAUUACUAAUAUCAUUUCAUUACCAAAUUUGAUGGAACCUUUAUUCUUCUCUUUUCAUUAAAAUGGGUACUUCUCCCGGGUUUGAUUCUCCUAGAACUAUCAAAGAUACCUUGAAAUGCUGUAUCGUACACCCGGGAUCGUACAGUCUAAUCUAUUAUUGUUUUAGGAAUACUAAUAAACUCUACAAUGACGGGAAAAGCAUGAUGAACAGAACCAUUUUCCAGUUUGCAAUAAAUUCAAAUUGAAAUUCAUACAGAAAAUGAGAAAUAUGCAAGAACAUGAAUGCAUAUUAUAUUUUGAACAAAAAGUUUUUACUCAAAUUACACUUUGCCAAAAAUUAGGAUGAAUAAUGCAUUAUGCUGAUGUUUUGGCACUCUACAGGUGAGCUGCAAUACGAUAUUAUUGAAUAUAAUCUGUAUGCAUUCUUAAACUCUUUGUGAUGGUAAAUUCGCUGCAAUAUUUGCGUAGGAAAAAAGUGAUUGUCCUAUUAUAAUUAUGCAAGGCAUGUAAUUCAUGUUCCUUUUUACUUUUCUUCGGCGUUUAAUUAUCAUGAUUUUUGUAUUUUUUUAUUCGGAGUUGUGAACAAAAUGUGUGUUCAUUACAUGUUAAUGUGUAUUGAUUGUUUGUUAAUUUGUAUUAGGUAUUGGCCAAUAAACAAUAUCACAUGAUAGGUAAUUUUCAGUAUACCCGAAGCAUAGGCGGAUCCAGGGGGGCCGCCCCCCCCCCCCCCCCUAUUGGCGGAGC